AUGGAAAUGGAAAUAAUAUCAAGAGAAUUCAUCAAACCCUCAUCACCUACUCCUCCUCACUUUAGAAAUUUCCCCAUAUCUUUCAUAGAUCACAUCACUUUCCGUUACUAUAUACCUUUCCUUUUCUUUUACAAUGAUACCAAAGUUUGUGACCAAAAAUCCAUAAUCUCACACCUCAAAAAUUCUUUAUCUCAAAUUCUAUCCAUAUACUAUCCUUUUGCAGGCAGGUUCAAAGAUCAACGAUCCAUCGAAUGCAACGAUCAAGGUGUGUUAUUUCUAGUUGCAAAUGUUACAAGAACAAAAUUAUCAACAAUACUUGAAAACCCUAACGAAAAGUUGUUUGAUCCUUUGUUUCCUGAUGAACUGCAAUGGAAGAUGAUGAAAUGGAAUGAAAGUAUUUUAGUCGUUCAAAUAAAUUGUUUUGCAUGUGGAGGAAUUGUAAUAAGUUUGUGCACAUGUCACAAAAUUAUAGAUGCUACUACCGCUUUUAAUUUUGUGAAUGAUUGGUCCAAACUGAACCGCGAACAAGAGUCACAGUCAACAUUGACGUCAUUGUUGCCCUACGAUCUACUUUAUGCUGGAGAUACAAUAUUUUCACUAGGCAAUUUACCAAAAUUUCCCGAAGUUGGUUUUGCAAUAGACAAAACAAUAGUGUGCAAAAGGUUUGUGUUUGAAGCAUGUAAGAUAAAGUUACUUAAAAACCUCGUAAAUUCUAAUUCUCGCGUUGUCGAAAACCCUACGCGUGUUGAAGUUGUAACUGCAUUGAUUUACAAGCGAGUGGUUUCUACAUUAGGAUUAAAUUUCAAAACAACAUCCCUUCAAAUCGCGGUAAAUCUUCGCAAAAGAAUGGUUCCUCCAUUAUCUAAUAAAUGUGUAGGAAAUUUAGUUUGGAUCAUGUUUGUUAUGAACCCGGAGCUACAUGAUUUGGUAUUCAGAAUUAGACAAGGGUUACGUGAGUUUUGUGAGGUUUACCCUAAGAAAUUUGGAGGGAAGGAAAAGGACUUGUCAUUUAUUUGUGAAUGCUUAAAACAAGUUACUACUAGAGUUUCGGAGAGUGAUAAGAAUCAAAGUUUCAUUGCUUAUGCUAGUUGGUGCAAGUUUCCAAUGUAUGAAGCUGAUUUUGGGUGGGGGAAACCAAUAUGGGUGACAACUAGUGCUUGUCCUGCAGAGAAUGCGGUUAUUUUGAUGGAUACGAGAGAUGGAGAUGGGAUCGAAGUUAUUGUGAGUAUGAAAGAGAAUGAUAUGGUUAGGUUUGAAUGUGAUGUGGAGCUUCUUCAAUAUGCCUCUUUAAAUCCGAGUAUUGUUUCAUGA